AUGACGUCCCUUCGUGAUGUGACCGCGGUGGAUAGCCGGGAUCCGGGCACUCUGGACAUGAAGGAGGAUGACACCGACCCUGACUCACAAGUGCUCGUGGAGUCGGCGCGGGUACAGUCGAUGCCUGCGCAACGGGUUCUCUCCAUGUUUGAACGAGUCCUGACCACUAACGCGCCGAUCCUGGAAUCCCUCCUCCUUCAGAUCCCGACCGAUACCAUUGUCAAGCUCUACCAUACCUCUCGCUAUCUGCGGACCUUCUUGCGAUCCUACCCCACAGCAUGGAAAUACCUCUCCUUCCGCCUCUUCUACCCGUCGGGCACCCCGUCGCCCCUCCGGUUGGCCGUCGCCGAGUCAUCCGAUUUGGCGACCCCCCGUCAGUCUCGCCCGUAUGCGCUCGAUCAGCUGUUGAUGAACGUGGUGAUCCCCUUCAGUCCCUGUCUGCGGAGCCUGGAGCUGGAUAACACGGCCGUGUCGGGUCAGAUCCUCUUCUCGACCGUCCUCUACGCACGGCGGGAGACUCUGGAGCACCUGUCCGUCCGCGGAUGCAAGAAUGUUUCACUCAAGUACCAUAUCAUUCCCUACCUCACGAUGUUCGGACUGCAGUACGAUGUGGACAUGAGGAAGGGCACUGGCAGCUCGCCCUCUACCAAACACCUGGCGCUCAAGAGCCUCUUUACAUACCGAUGUCGCCAUCACCGCAGACGACCGUAUCUGUCCUCCUCUUUGGCCCGAAAGGAUUCGGACUCGGAACCGACCCACGAACUGGUCAACCUGUGCCGGAAGCUGGGAAUUUGGACUGAUACUGCAUGGUGCUCCACCCCGGCGGCACGGUGUUUCCGGAGAAGAGGCUAUGUCUCCAUGCGGGUGCCGCAGGGAUCGCCAGAGGUGUGGGUGGUGUUUGACCGGCUCUGGCGGUCGAAGAACUGGAUUGGCCCGGUGGACACCGGCUCCCAGUCGCUUCAAAAGAAUGGAAAGCUGUGGGAACAUCAGGAGACCGGCUGUUUCGGGGAAGCUCUGGGGACGGGCGAAGUGGGAGACCUCGGGGAGGGCAGGAUGAAGCCGGCACAUCUGCGUUGGAGUCACCGACGCUUUGUGGAGAACGUCCGGUGCGACCACUGCGGCGACGCGAUCCCGGAAAGGUGUGAGCAAUGCAGCAUCCUGAUGCACUGCGUUGGGUGUCGAAAGACUCUCUGCGCCAGCUGUGCCUAUGAACGGCCCUACGUCCACCACGGUAGCCACUCGUCAUCCUCUCGCAAUAACACAUCCUCUUUGUGGUGGGCGCCCAAUGCGUCGGUGUCACCGUGUCUCAUGCACGACCCCCACGUCAACUCGGACCACGGAAAUGCAAACGCUUCGUUACCUUAUCCGUCGCUGAAGUUCCACUGGUGCUGCACGGAGCCCAUCUUCUCGGGCGGUGGCGGGAUCAGCAUUGGGACGCCGAAUCGGGAUGUCGACCAGGUGCGAGCUGCGCCCCUGCCCCGUGGACAAGGGUGGGAGGAUCUGGAGUAUUCAGCGCAGGAGUGGAGCAAAACCUUCCCCAAGUAUGCGUACGGGGACCCGCGGAAGCCCGAUUACACACUGGAGACGGGUCACAUCGCUAUGAUGAAGUGGUUGUUGGGCCCACCAGAUCGUCAGCCGACGGCCUGUCCGCGAAAUCUGUGCCAAGAGUGUUAUGAUACGCCCCAGUGGAAGGUGCACUGCAAGAGCUGCUCGAAGCCCCUGUGUAUUGAACACGACCUUCGCGGCCUUCGAUUACGGAUCUGUGGCUAUCGCGAUCUCACGCUGGAGAAGAUGGCCAUUCAAAAUCGGUCGGCGUCCAGCAGCGAGCUGACCGCUACCAACUCGUAUCCGUCGCCCCACGUCCCAUAUACCCAUACCGUGCCGGAGUUCGAGCUGCCCUAUCGCACGCAGCGGGCGAUCGACUCGACGACCAGCAGCUUCACCGAAGACAACCAGGCGGACGGGAUCGUCGGCGAGAGCACGUCAGCCCCGCACGCAGCUGGCGCGGCACUGCACGGGCGGUCGCGGAGCUUCUCGGUGUCCAACUCGAACCGAUCUCGCUCCUCGUCGCCAUCGUCCGUGUACUGCGAGUCACCGACGGAGCCACCCAAAUGGCAAGGCUGCCAGUCCUUCUUCUGUCCCCAAUACCGGGCAGUGGGCGAUCACCGGCAGCGAUGCGGCAGCGAGAUGCGGGAAUGCACGAGUUGCUCGGUGUACGUGUGCCAGGACUGCGUCACGGCGAACCCCCCCUGCAGCUGCUCCUACUGCGAGGUGAACUACCUCUGCCCCAACUGCCUCAAGCUCCGCGAGCGCGACGGCACCUGCCGACGGUUAGAGGAGGAGAAAGCGCGACAGGAGCAGAAGUGGAUGAAAGACAUGUGGGCGCUAGAGGGAAUCCUAGGGAACAAGUUCGCGAACGAAGUCGCCGAAUACGCCAGUCAGUUCUUCGACACGGUGGAGGAUGAAUCCACGCCCGAAGUGCAAGACACCCACCAGGGAGCAUUCCAGUCUUGA